CGUCGAAGAAGAGGAUCGCUCGAAAUUAGGGUUUCUACUGAGAGAAGAUGCGAGAAAUCAUUAGCAUUCAUAUCGGACAAGCUGGGAUCCAGGUCGGGAAUUCGUGCUGGGAGCUUUACUGUCUCGAACAUGGAAUCCAGCCCGACGGAAUGAUGCCGAGUGAUACUACAGUUGGUGUUGCGCACGAUGCGUUCAACACUUUCUUUAGCGAGACUGGUGCAGGGAAGCAUGUUCCUAGGGCUGUCUUCGUUGAUCUUGAGCCUACUGUUAUCGACGAAGUUCGUACUGGUACUUACCGUCAGCUUUUCCAUCCAGAGCAGCUUAUCUCUGGUAAAGAAGAUGCUGCUAACAACUUCGCUAGAGGACAUUACACUGUUGGAAAGGAAAUUGUGGAUCUAUGCCUUGACCGUGUGAGGAAACUUGCCGACAACUGUACUGGCUUGCAAGGAUUUUUGGUGUUCAAUGCUGUUGGUGGUGGAACUGGUUCUGGGUUGGGUUCUCUGUUGUUAGAACGUUUGUCUGUAGAUUAUGGAAAGAAGUCUAAGCUUGGUUUCACCAUUUACCCUUCUCCUCAGGUUUCUACUGCUGUUGUAGAGCCUUACAACAGUGUUCUCUCAACGCAUUCCCUUCUUGAACACACCGAUGUAGCUGUCCUCUUGGAUAACGAAGCCAUCUAUGACAUUUGCCGCAGAUCCCUAGAUAUCGAGAGGCCAACCUACACAAAUUUGAACAGGUUGAUAUCACAGAUCAUUUCAUCCUUGACAACAUCAUUGAGGUUUGAUGGAGCCAUCAAUGUGGAUAUCACUGAGUUCCAGACCAACCUUGUCCCAUAUCCCCGUAUCCAUUUCAUGCUGUCAUCUUAUGCACCAGUCAUCUCAGCCGCAAAAGCUUACCAUGAACAGUUAUCAGUCCCUGAGAUCACCAAUGCCGUGUUUGAGCCUGCUAGCAUGAUGGCAAAGUGUGACCCGAGGCACGGAAAGUACAUGGCAUGUUGUUUGAUGUACCGUGGAGAUGUCGUUCCCAAAGAUGUUAAUGCUGCUGUUGGCACCAUCAAGACAAAGAGGACUGUUCAGUUUGUUGACUGGUGCCCAACUGGGUUCAAAUGUGGAAUCAACUACCAACCUCCAACAGUUGUUCCAGGUGGUGACCUCGCUAAAGUUCAGAGAGCUGUGUGCAUGAUCAGUAACAACACAGCAGUUGCAGAGGUGUUCUCACGGAUCGACCACAAGUUUGAUCUUAUGUAUGCGAAGAGGGCAUUUGUGCACUGGUAUGUUGGUGAGGGAAUGGAGGAGGGUGAAUUCUCUGAGGCACGUGAAGACUUGGCCGCACUGGAGAAAGAUUACGAAGAAGUGGGUGCUGAAGGUGGUGACGAUGAAGAAGAUGAAGGUGAAGACUAUUGACACCUUUUCUCAAGCAAUGAGCAACCAAAAAGUUUUUUCGUUUAUCUGUUUUCAUUUUAUGAUUCUUGUUGAUUACAUGUUUGUUUUAAUCCUGUACAAUAUCCAUUGGACUUCUUCCGCCUUCGUGUUUUAUCUCGGUUAGAUACAUUUUCAUUGGUAGAGCAACCACUGGGGAAGAUCCCGAGUUCAUUAUCAAG